AUGGGUUACGAUCAAGAAGGGUUAACAAAAUUAUAUAAAAGUUUGUAUAUUAAGGAGAAAGGAGGAUAUGGCAAAAAUGAUAAGAAAGCAAAAAGAUUGUCAUUAAGAACUCAGGUUUCUUCACACAAUGCUUAUGAUUUAAGAUGUAAUUCUGUUGAUACUACUAUGAAUGAUUAUGAAUUCGAAGUUUUUACAACGUUAAAUGAUAAAGUAAGAUUACCAUCACAAUUAAAAAAUAUAAAUAAUAAAGAUAUGAACAUACCUACUGAGUUAACACAUGAACAUAACAAAUUUUAUGCAACCAUAACUUUGAAGUGUAAAGACUGUUCCGAGGAGUUUACACGUGAUUUUGAAUUUUAA